AUGGUGCAACAUUCAUCGACAAAGCAGGAAAAUUUACGUCAGUCCUAUGAAACUAUUAUCCGACAUUGUGCAGAUGACUGCAAACGUCCAGGAUUAAUUAAAACUCCCGAGAGAGCUGCCCGAGCUAUGCUUUUCUUCACCAAAGGCUAUGAAGACAACUUAGAUGAUUUGAUUAACGGAGCAGUGUUUAAUGAAGAUCACGAUGACAUGGUGAUCGUUAAGGAUAUCGAGAUUUUUUCCUUGUGUGAACAUCACCUAGUACCUUUCAUUGGUAAAGCACAUAUCGGUUACAUACCGAACAAAAAAAUUUUGGGUCUCAGCAAGAUCGCCCGUAUUGUUGAAAUGUUUAGCCGACGUUUACAAGUGCAAGAACGAUUAACAAAGCAAAUAGCAGCAGCAUUAAUCAAAGCCGUGCAACCACUUGGUGUUGGUGUUGUCAUAGAAGCUAGUCACAUGUGCAUGAUUAUGCGCGGUAUCCAGAAAAUCAACGCCGUUACUAUCACCAGCUGUAUGAUGGAUGUUUUCCGAAAGGAUUCUAAGACGAGGGAAGAAUUCUUAAAAUUAAUCAAAACUUAA